GUAUUAACAAGAUGUCUUGUUUUGGUAGAGAAAGAUUAACCCACUUCCAGGCCAGUCCCAAACAUGAUGGGCAUCAGCCCAUCAUGUUUGGAAUUACUGUAGCGCCAUUAAGGGUCAUUAAGCUGUCUCCACAACUUCCUCAAGAGAAACAACAAGAUUCUCCGUUUAGUCAAAGAGCAACUCUUUUACAGAUCAAGAACUGGACAGAAUGGAAGUGAAGGUGUAUGUCAAAGGCAUCUCACGUGUUGUGUGUGGAGUUACAGAGGAGACAACGUGUCAAGACGUGGUACUAGUGUUGGCUCAAUCCCUUGCCAGGACGCUACGCCUUGCGAGAGAAGUUCAAAGACUUUGAGCGGUGCAUGACUCCCGAUGAACGACUUCUGGAGACAUUGAAGAAGUACGGUGAGCAGGCCAAGGAGGUCCAGCUCAGUCUCCAACACAGUGGCCUCUCUGCUUGGGAUGAAAUGGGCAAAGUGAAAGUUGGCAGAUACCAGCCUUGUCCGCCACUGAGACGGGAAGACGUUGGGCCCAAAAUGCGGAGAGGCAGCGGCUCCCUAAGCUUGCACCGCCAAAGUUUGCCUCCAUUGACCUGUUUGAGAGAAGAGGUUGAGCAGAAGAAAGACGCCCUGAAGACAUCUAGAAGAAAGUCUCUGACUCUCAUGGAGGAGGCCUGGGAAUGGCUGGAAAGUUUUGGCAAAGGAAAGGUAUACAGUACAACGUGUGACAAGCCAAGGAAGAAGAGGAUUGAUAAAAUGGGACGGGCCUCUUUGGAUUUGUCCCUUUUUGUCACAAAAGAUCAAAGCAGCAGAUGUACAGACAGAGGUCAGAAAAGUUCAAAAUUAGACUUUGACCAUCAAACAUCCUGCUGCAUCAGCAAUCAGACCAAGGAGAAAAGCAGGCGCUCAAAGAAUACCCCAGAGGUAAAAUCUGACCUGAGCACCUCAAUCUGCGUAGCGGUAACCGAAGAUGAGAAAAAUCACCUUAGAGAUUCAAUCAUAUGCCAGCUGCUGUGCUUGCAGGAUUUACAAGUCCAGAUAACAAACACAGACAAACAGAUUUUGGACCUCAAGCAGAAGCAGAAAGCCAGAAGAACCAAAGAAGAAGUCCAGGAGAGGCUUGUGGCUGAGGAGAUGGAAUACAUCAACUUUUGGGAGAAUGAAUUGAAAGCAGAGGAGAGUUAUGAGAAAGAUUUGCAGCGUCAGUUCCUCGAGAUGAGAGCCAAAGUUGCAGAUUGCAAAGCUAAACUGGAGGAGUAUAGGCGCAAAAUGCAGGGCUUGGAUUUUUUUGGCAAUCUGAACGUUGCUCAAGAAGACCGGAGGGUUUUAAAAGCUCACGACAAAGUCGCAACCAAGAUGUCCGACAGCUCAAAAAAGGAAAAAAAACUAGAAGGAUCCGAGUCCAGUGUGGAAGGAAACAUCAACAGGAAGUUCUUGCCCAAAGAAAAGCACAGCACCCCUCAUGCUCUAGUUCCUCCAAAUCAGAUAAGAGAGCGGCGGCCCACAGGACCCACCGAGCUGAGGGAGUGGUGGAAGCGCUGGUCAGAAGCUCAAAAAGCUCAAUCCCAGGAUGAAAGGAAGGUGAUUCACCGCUCUGAGCUCACCAUUUACCUGAGGAGUACCAAGGUUUAGGAUCAGCUCACAACAAUCCAAACUCCUGUUUGACAUCACCAUCAGAUCUCCAUCAGGACGUCUUCAAUGAACCAGAGCGAGAUUAUUUUGCUUUCAUCGCUACAAUAUUAUCCUUCGCAUGACAAUGGGUUCAUGUUUACGCUCUAAAAGCUUUAUUUUCACUGCCAUUAUUCAUAUACCUGGAACUUUGUGCAUCACCAAACAUAACCUAUUCUCUAAUUUUACUUGUGCGUACUUUGUAUUCAAUACUUUCUGAACCUGUUGGGUUAUGGAUUAAAAGGAAUAAAUU